AUGGAGUUUAAAGAUGAAAAACUAGGCAUGUUCUUGGUCAGUUUUGACUAUACAACAGAGAGAUUUGAACGUUUGAGCCUUCCUUGUAAGUAUCCUUUAGGUUUUUUCCAAGAUGUAGCUCUAUCCAUUGUUGGAGAAGAGAAGUUUUCAGUGUUAUUACAACCUAAAGAGAAGAGAUAUGG